AUGACCAACUCGGUCACCUAUAACAUCUCCAAGUUUCUGGCUUUGAUCCUCAACCCGCUGGUAGGCAACUCUGAACACCACAUCCAGAAUACCUUGGAUUUUGUUGAGGUCAUAGAUGUCAUUACGGAGGCAGAUGAAACCAUGGUCUCGUACGACGUUACAUCUCUCUUCACUUGCAUCCCAGUCAUGGAAGUGUUGGAGGUAGUCCAUAAGAGAUUACAGGAUGACCCCAACCUCAGCAACAGGACCACUCUCAGCAUCGACCAAGUGAAGGUAAAAGUGAUUGUGAGCAGCAUGGAUCAGUGUGAGGACAGAGAGGAGGGAGUCCCUCCCUCUAAAAGCACUCUGUGUGGGGAACAUGAGAGCCAGACCAAAGCUCAGAGCUCAAAGAUGGAGGCGUCUGUUAAGGAGCAGCUGCUGGACAUGCUGGAAGAUUUAAGAAAAAAAGAGCUGAAAAAUUUCCACUGGUUCUUGCAGAACGGACCUGGAGGUGAUUUCACAACCAUCAAAAAAAGCCAUCUGGAGAAAGCAAGCAGAACAAAAACAGUGGAUCUUAUGGUGGAGACAUACACUACUCACAAUGUGAUUGAGGUGGCGGGGUUGAUUUUAAAGAAGAUUAAAAGAGCAUCCAGGAAAACAGACAGACCAGAAACAACCAUCAGACAAGAAGACAUCUUUAAAGCCUCACCUGGAAGAGACAAACCAAUUAGAACAGUGCUGACAAAGGGAGUGGCUGGCAUUGGGAAAACAGUCUUAACACAGAAAUACACCCUGGACUGGGCUGAAGACAAAGCCAACCAGGACAUCCAGUUUAUAUUUCCAUUCACUUUCAGAGAGCUGAAUGUGCUGAAAGAGGAAAAGUUCAGCUUGGUGGAACUUGUUCAUCACUUCUUUACUGAAACCAAAGAAGCAGGAAUCUGCAGCUUUGAAGACUUCCAGGUUGUGUUCAUCUUUGAUGGUCUGGAUGAGUGUCAACUUCCUCUGGACUUCCACAAAACUACAAUCCUAACUGACCCUAGAAAGUCUACUUCAGUGGAUGUGCUGCUGAUAAACCUCAUCAGGGGGAGAAUGCUUCCCUCUGCUCGCCUCUGGAUAACCACACGACCUGCAGCAGCCAAUCAGAUCCCUCCUUACUGUGUUGGCAGAGUGACAGAGGUCAGAGGGUUCACUGACCCACAGAAGGAGGAGUACUUCAGGAAGAGAUUCAGAGACGAGGAUAAGGAGCAAGCCAGCAGGAUCAUCUCCCAUAUCAAGACAUCACGAAGCCUCCACAUCAUGUGUCACAUCCCAGUCUUCUGCUGGAUCACUGCUACAGUUCUGGAGGAUGUGCUCAAAACCAGAGAGGGGGGACAGCUGCCCAGGACCCUGACUGAGAUGUACAUCCACUUCCUGGUUGUUCAGGCCAAAGUGAAGAAGGUCAAGUAUGAUGAAGAAGCUGAGACAGAUCCACACUGGAGUCCAGACAGCAGGAAGAUGAUUGAGUCUCUGGGAAAACUGGCUUUUGAUCAGCUGCAGAAAGGAAACCUGAUCUUCUAUGAAUCAGACCUGACAGAGUGUGACAUCGAUAUCAGAGCAGCCUCAGUGUACUCAGGAGUGUUCACACAGAUCUUUAAAGAGGAGAGAGGACUGUACCAGGACAAGGUGUUCUGUUUCAUCCAUCUGAGUGUUCAGGAGUUUCUGGCUGCUCUUCAUGUCCAUCUGACCUUCAUCAACUCUGGUACCAAUCUGCUGGAAGAAAAAACAACCUUCUGGUGGUAUAAACCAUCUCUCCACCAGAGUGCUGUGGACAAGGCCUUACAGAGUUCAAAUGGACAUCUGGACUUGUUCCUCCGUUUCCUCCUCGGUCUUUCACUGCAGACCAAUCAGAGUCUGCUACGAGGUCUGCUGACACAGACAGAAAGUAACUCACAGACCAAUCAGGAAACCGUCCAAUAUAUCAAGGAGAAGCUCAGUAAGAAUCUGUCUGCAGAGAAAAGCAUCAAUCUUCUCCACUGUCUGAAUGAAUUGAAUGAUCGUUCUCUAGUGGAGGAGUUCCAACAGUACAGGACUUCAGGACGUCUCACCACAGGUAAACUGUCUCCUGCUCAGUGCUCAGCUCUGACCUUUAUGCUACUGUCAUCAGAAGAAGAUCUGGAUGAGUUUGACUUCAAGAAAUACUCUACUUCAGAGGAGGCUCUUCUGAGAAUGCUGCCAGUGGUCAAAGCCUCCUACAAAGCUCUGUAA